UCGAGUGUUGUUUUGUGUUCAGUACGAUGUGAAACUAAUGGCGGGUGAUAUUUGGCUGUUUCGUCCGCUGUGCUUUUUUCCGUCUUAUAUCUUGACGGCAACUCUCUUCUCCAUGACGAAAUUUCGGGUCGAAGGAACCUAUUAUUGUGGCCAUGACUGGUGUAAUUACAAUGAGUACUGCUGUGGCGAUGAUGUAUGUUGUGACUAUCUCACUGGCUACUGGUAUAUAUGGCUUAUGACGGGGCUUCUGUUGUUCACCCUGAUAUUAGCCUGCUGUUGGCUGCGUUACCAUAGAUACCAUUCCAGUGAAUCCAUCGAGUCGGCAAAAUUAGGAUAUGUCUCAGUGCCUGGAACAGUGGUAACUUACGGCGAUGAGUAUUACAUUCACCAACAACCACCUCAAGUGCCGUUUGCGCGAGAACCUCCACAUUUUACAACUCCAUUGGAGUCUGAAUCACAACAGCAUGAAAGCUCCAGAUACUAUCCACCUCCAUUUAAUUAUAUAGAGAGAAGAACUCCUAGUGCUCCACCUGAGGACACAUACUAAAUCAACUUAACGAUGUAGUAGAUGUUAAAUUUUCCGUAAACAGUUUGAGAAAUUAGAAUGGAGCUAAAACAUGCAGGACAUUAGCUCCAGCGGAGGACACGUACUAAAUAAGAUCAACAAAUAUUUAGUAGAUGCUAAAUCUUUCUUUAGCAGUUUGAGAACUUAGAAUGGGGCAAUACUUGUAGAGAAACAUACUAAAACAUGCAGGACUUGAGCUCCACCAGAGGACACAUACACAAUAAAAUCAACAAUUUAGUAGAUGUUAAUCCUUUUGUGAGAAGUUUGAGAAUUAAAAUGGCGCAACAUUUGAAGAGAAGCAUACUAAAACAUGCAGGUCAUUAGCUGGACAUUUGAAAUUCAACAUUUGCUUGGGAAGAGACGGCAAUAGGUUAAAAGAAAUUUCGCAGGCAAUAACAUCACUUUUUGCUGCAUAUUGUCUAGUUUUGUACAAAAUCAAAUCAUUGCUGGCUGUCCUGAGAUGGAAAUCUAUUUUUGAGCAUUGAAACCAAGAGAUGAAGUCAGUUUCAUUGAAUAGUGGAUUGUUAAACUAUACAAUUAAGACAAAUUGUACGCACAACUUGUUAGGGUUUAGUGCAAGGGAAACUUUGCAAAAAGGCUUGCUCCAAAAUUUUGGUGAUGUUGUUGUUCGGACCAACAGUAGCAACCACAGCCAAAUACAUGUUCACACUGACCAUGUCUGCAGACAAUUUUAAAUAUCCAUGAAUUCAACCAAACUAUUCCUUAUUUUCAAAAUGGUGAAAAUAAUAAGAAGCAAAUAGGAAAACUGGAUGAGGUAGAAAAACUGUAUUGAGGCUUUGCUUGCUAAUGGUCACAAAAUAUUUGUCAUUUACCACAAGCAUGAUAAUUUUCUGUAAUUUGUAAACAGCCGAUGGCUAUGUUGAUCCUAACUGCAACAUAAUUUUAAUGGCAUAAAAAUUGUACUUUACUGCAAUUAGUAUUCACAAUGUUUAUAAAACAUUUUUGCGGUGCUUGGAAGAGGUAUGAAAGUUUUAGAAAACGUUUACUAAAAGUGUACUUUAUAUGAUAUUUUUGUGAAUUUGUAGUGCAGAGUGUUUACAAGAGGAAGGAAUAAAAUAAAUUGUUUCACAAA